GGCCUCCAGGCCCGGUCCCGAUUGGCCGCACUGCGCAGAGGCCCGCCCCCGCUUACGCAGCCGGCCCCGGCGGGGCGGGAGGGUCCGGGCGGUGGAGUCGCCGUGUCCCGGCGGCGUGGUGUGGAGCCCCCGCCGGGGCGGCGGGAACGAGCGCCUCGUAGAACUGCUACUCCCAGAGCAGCCCGGGCCCCCCAUCUCCGCCCAGCCGCGCUCUCAGGCUCCGAGCACUACAACUCCCGGCAUGCCGUGAACUUGACGGCCGCGCCUCCCGGGCGGAGUCCGGCCCUCCCGGCCGCCCGGCUCCCCCGCCCUGUCCCAGCCGCUCCUCAGACCGCGCGCGGAGCUGGGAUGCAAGCCAUGGAGGAGACACCGCCCCCGUUGCUGGGCAGCAACAAGCCGCACCUGGAGAAGCUGACCUUGGGGGUCACCCGCAUCCUAGAAUCAUCCCCAGGUGUGACAGAGGUGACCAUCAUAGAAAAGGCGCCUGCUGAACGUCAUAUGAUUUCUUCAUGGGAACAAAAAAAUAACUGUGUGCUGCCUGAGGAUCUGAAAAACUUUUACCUGAUGACCAAUGGCUUCCACAUGACAUGGAAUGUGAAGCUGGAUGAACAUACCAUUCCAUUGGGCAGCAUGGCAAUUAACAGCAUCUCAAAACUGACUCAACUCAACCAGUCUUCCCUGUACUCACUUCCUAACGCACCAACUCUUGCAGACCUGGAGGACGAUACACAAGAAGCAUUAGCACAGGACACUGAGAUCUGGUUCCUGGACAGAGCAUUAUACUGGCAUUUUCUCACAGAUACCUUUACUGCCUAUUAUCGCCUGCUUAUCACCCACCUGGGCCUGCCCCAGUGGCAGUAUGCUUUCACCAGCUAUGGCAUUAGCCCACAGGCCAAGCAAUGGUUCAACAUGUAUAAACCCAUCACCUACAACACAAACCUACUCACGGAAGAGACCGACUCCUUUGUGAACAAGCUGGAUCCCAGCAAAGUGUUCAAGAGCAAGAACAAGACCUUAAUCCCCAAAAAGAAAGGGUCUGUUCAGCCUGCAGGUGGCCAGAAAGGGCCUGCAGGUCCUCUUUCCACCUCUAAAUCCUCCUCUGGCUCUGGAAACCCUGUCCGAAAAUGAGCGCCCCACCUCCAGCUCCCUGCCAGCCCCACAGCGAUGAUUUCCAUGCACGGAUGCCCCAGGCGUGGCCCAAGCCUCAGAUUCUGUGUGUGGAACCAUAGUCCCCUCCCCGUCUGAGUGACAAAAUCCUAGGCCUUUUUUACUGCCAUUGGCUUGAGCCAGGACUUGGAAAAGCAUACUCAGGUCUCCCCAAGAAUCCUUCCCUCAUACCCCUUACAGCAGGUUGUACCACCUACUGAUUCUGGAAGCUGUGGAGAAUGUAAGGUGCUGUGUAAGUGACUAAGAAGAUCUGUUAAGAGCUUUCUUCUCUUUCUACUCCAACCCCCUACCCCCUCAGCAGUAAUUAGAGAAGUCCCCCAUAGAAACCACUGGUUUUGACCUAUGAAGCAUUACAACUAUGCUGCUCAAUUGGUAGCCACUUUUUAAAGCAGCUAAAUUUAAGCCAUGUUAAAAAUUCAGUUCCUCAGUUAUAUUAGCCACAAUGGGAGUAUUCAUAUGGCUAGUGGAUUCUGUAUUAGCACAGAGAUGAUCAAACAAACAUUUCUAUCAUCACAGAAAGUUCUAUUGGGCAGCACCGCAUUAGAAUACUUUUGCAUUAUCCUUCCUCAGGUCAGUUAAUUUUGUUAGAGAAUAUUGAUACCUUAAUUUGAUGGGUUAUAAUGUUCCAUGAAAAACCUUGAAUAUACAUUUUUAUGUUCUUUAUAUCCUUCACCACAAAGAUCUUGCGUUGCUCAUUUUCAGUUUCCUGUAGUUUCUCAUCUUCAUCGGUUUCCUAUAAAGCUUCUUUUUUCCAGUUUUGUGAUGUGAUAUUUGCACAUUUGCCAAAAUUAUCUUUUUCACUUGUUUUUAAAAGAAGAGGUGAUUCUGCUGUGCCAUUAAAACCAAAACAAAAUAAAUCUCCCAAGCAUUGCUUUGCCAGGA